CUGUCAGCUGAGUUUAGUUUACGUCGAACUAGGAAUGGUGGUGUUAUGGUCAAAAAAUAUUAUUGAAAUCAUUGUGUUGUGCUUUAAACUAUACUAGGAAGUAGAAACUUCAUGGAAUAAUGAUACCAAGCAUCAAUUUUCAUAAAGAAAAAUAAAUUCCUUGAUGAAACUAUGAUCAUCGAAUAAUUACGAGUUGUGUUUGUUCUACAAGAACAUUAAAGAAAUAUUAAUGUCAUUUAUAGGAAGUUGAUAAUUAAAUAUAAAAUCAUGUUGUAUGUAUUCCAUGUUGACGCCGGUCAAAUGACCACUUAUGACAUGGAGCUCACUUUACAAAGUGUUGCAAGCUUAAAAGCAGCUAUAGAGAGAAAGACGAAAAUACCGUCAUCCUCUCUAGUGCUCCUCAUAAGUGGGGGAGAGGUACUGCAGUCGGAUCACAUGGUAUCCUCAUAUAGUGCAGGGACGGAUUCUAACCCUAUAUAUAUGUUUAGUAAACCAUCUGUUAAAGAAAGCCAUUUGAAACAGUCCAUGUGUGAUUUGAGUCCAAUAGUCGAGCUCAGUACUGGUGAAUUUCGUAGUGAUAUUCGGAGUGCUUUCGAUGGCAAGUCAGUGGCAGAAUUAAAGAAUGCUGUAGAAUUAUGUUGUUCACUCCCACCUAAUAUACACACUGUGAUAUCAUAUGCUACAUUGGCCCAGCAGUUUGGUGACUUAGCUCAUGAGGUGUCAAGGAGUUGUGAUCAGUUGGUCCAUGAACAGCAUUUACAGCAUCAGGGUUGGUCAGCGGUCAUUGCUAAUUUAGAGGACAUAUUCAAUGAGUUCUGUGAGAGGUCGAGAAGUUUCAAAGAGUCAUUCAGGAAACACAGACUAAAAAAGGAAGAGUAUCACGAGAAACUAAACACAUUGAAUGAAGUACUGGAGUCAUUAGGGAAAAUACCAAUUUUGCCUGCUCUUCAGUUAAAUGCAGAGGCUCAUAGGUUUUCCGCUUUUGAUGUAUUUGAAGAGACGGACUUUGAAGGUCAUCAUUAUGGAGCUAAGGAGACUUUGGAUAGCAGCUCAGAGAGAACUGCAGAUUUUGGAGUUGGGGUGUUUAAGUUAUCUGAGGAAGAUGUAUUUGAGCAACCGUCAACAAGUAAUGAGGGGGCCUCAGAUGAGGCCCCUGAUAAAAUGACAGAGGGGGCCUCUUCUUCUGGUCAGUCAGAGGGCGCCACAUUCAAGGUCAAUGAGGAACAUACAUUGUUACAUUGGAUCUUGGCUCAAGGGAACCAGGCAUCACUUCAGGACAUAUUGGAUUACUGUCAGAAAGGACUCGCUCUGAUCGACGCAGAGCCUCUGAAGGAGAGGGAGGCGGAGCUUUACAAUAUCUUGGAGUACGCUAAUGUUCACGGCUUGAAACAAAUCAAAGGCAUCGAGGAUAGACUGUACGCGUUGGAACAGCUGCUGAGUGACGUCAAGAAGAAGGAGAACGAGCAGCACGUGGUCGCCGCCUCGCUCAUACAGCACCGGGAUCGUCUGAACUCCGGCUGCGACCCGUCCGUCCUGCCGACGUUGUUGGAGUCCAACCAGUGUCAGUUGGGCAGACUGUUGAAGGGACACGAGCUGCUGGUCGAUAUUAGAAGGAGGAUCAUGAAGUCCAAGGACGAGUUGUCCAGGAUACUGAAAGCGAGAUUAGAGGCCGUGCUUGUGAUAGAGAACUCGAUGUCGGUGCAGGACGCGCACGCGAUGCUGUCGUUCCAGUGUUUCAACCGUCUCGCUCGUUACUUCGGUAUAGUGGCUCAGCUCCACCGAGCUCCGGCCGUAUUCGUGAGGGCGGUCCACGAGGUCGCCAGGAGGAGGACCUUCUCACAACACCAUCUCCAGUGGGCUACCGAUCUCGCCAGCAAGCUGAUAAAGAUACACGAGGAGGAGAUCAGCAGACGCCAGGAGUUCAACUCUCACUUCGAAGAUCACUUCCUGAAGAGCCUCUUCCCCGGCAUGACGGACCUGCCUCCCCCAUUCGCUACACAGGCGCCAUCUCUAUACGACUCACGCCUGCCCGAACUCACUGAUACGGAUGUAGAGUAUAUAUCAGAAGCUCUACCCGACUGGACUAGUGAUGUACCCAAAUACGAUAUGGAAUCCACCGUUAAAUUCUUCCAGCAAAGGCUCAAUACAUCUGAUCACGAAGAUAAAGACGCCGAUGUUCAAGUAGAUUUUGAUAAAGAUUUUGAAUCAGAAACCGACACGGAUUUUGAGAAGCUGAGUCGUCAGAGCGAAAAGCAGAAGAAUGAUAUAUCUACGAGCUGCGUCCCUCACACGAUGGCCGUCUCUACAGUGACCGAGGUUGGGACUCUACCCGUUAUACCGGAAAGCCCUAGAGUGGAGUUCCUUAACUCUGAAUUUUAUAUAGAAGAAUCUCUACCGUCCAGUCUGGAAUGGGGCCGGGAUGAACGACAGGACAAUAUGGACACUCACAAAAUCAACAUGGAGAAAUUGCAAGAUUUGUUCGUGAAGUUGUUUAAUGUAUGUAAAAUAAAUAUUGUGUUGAUAAAAGACGAGCUUACUAAGUUAAAGAGCGAAGUGGACGGACAGAAGAAAUUCAUAAACACAAAAUAUCUAGAAAUUACCGAGGCCUGGGAAAAGGUAAAUGAACAUGCUGAAACAAGAUUCCGCGAGCAAACCCAGAGGCUGACGGUAGAUCAUGAACUAGAAUUGAGUGAUAUGAAGGCGGCACUCAAUGAAAAGGAUGACGUCAUCAGCAACCUGAAGAAAGAGACGGAAGAUAUGAAAAUGGAACACCAGAAGGAGACGGAGAGGUUAGACAAAGAGCAUAAAAGCACUAAGGAGUUGUUAGAUGAAACUCGGAAAGAGAUAAAAGCUUUUGAGAAGAAAUUAGAGGAAGCUGAGGUUCAGAAACAAAAAGAUAUCAAAGAGAUGCAGGAGAAGAUGCAUCUUGAAUAUAAAGCUGAGAUAGAGUCGCUACGGUCGAGGUUCCGUCUCGUGGCUCUAACGAACAACAUGGACAGGUCGCCGUCGGAGUCCAGUCUGGAGAAAAUCGAGAGGACCGACGUCAUAGAGAUAGUCAGCCACAACGCUAUACUGAUGCAGACGAAGCAGAACGCUGAGGUGGAGAAGGAAGAAGCGGUCAAGGAGGCGGUGGAGAAAUGUAAGGCGGAGUGGGAACAGAAGCUUAACGCUGAGAUAUGUCUGCUGAAAGCCAAGUAUGAAGCUGAGAAGCAGGUGACGAUAAACGACGUGACCCGUCGUCUCCUGUCAGAGAAGGAUCGCCAGUUGGAACUGCUCCGGGAACGCGAGCAGACCCUCGUCCGCGAGUGCUGCAAAUACAGGGACACUAUACAACAACUCACUGAUCCAGAGACCAACGACUACGAUAGUCUCUUGAAGACUCAGUUUGCAACAUUUGAAAACGAAAAGGCUGUGCUAUUGCAACAAGUUGCAAGCUUGAAGGCGGAGUUAGAGAAGAAGACUGAGGAGGCGGACAAGAGGAGGGAGGAGGAUAGUGACGGCAGGUCGUCUCCUCGUCGUGAUAUCCGUCGCCGGAGUCACACGCCGCUGGGUCUGUCUCCGGGCGCCCUGACCCUCGCCCUGGGCCAGUACCCCCAGGGUCACACCGUGCUGGUCAUGUGGGACCCUGCGCAUCUCAACUACACCGUACUACAGGAGGCGUCCAUAAUGCACUUCGUCCACAGCGACUGUCUGCCGUCCCUGGACCUUAGUAUCCACGUGAAGAACGAGAGUGAGAGACGUUUGUAUGCUGUGGCCACCGUGGAGUCCAAGGAAUACUGCUACGCUAAGAGGGGUGUGAACAGAUAUCACAUGCCACGGGGAUCUCGCUUCUAUAGAGUCCACGUGAAGCCCCUCAAACCACCGCUACCUCCGCCAGCCUGCUGUGAUCACAAACACAAGCCUGAUGCAAUGAAGGGCAACGUGCUGCCGGUGUUCAAUCGACCUCUCAGGAAAUGGUUGACCAACGUGCAUGCAGGUCUUAGAUAUCAUUUAUGUGCUAUCGUUGCUUGUUAUUAUUAUUAUUUGAAUAACAUUAGCAUGACAUCAAGCACGUAUCUGGCUGUGUAUUGUAAUCGUAUGCGCUCGACAGAUAUGCAGAAGUCCAUCGACACCAGCCAGUCGUCCAGCUCCAACGCCGAUAAGACCGGUGUGGAGGUGGCCACGGCUACGCUCAUCAACCUGGAGUCCCCCGUGUCUGCUGGGGAGCCUCCCGUGCCCAUGAUAGCGCCCGAAGACCAGCUCGACUCCAUAGAGACGGAGCACAAACAACACAAGAUGCAACUGUCUACAACCAGUGCUGUUUCCGAGAUGGACCUCAGCGUGGGUCGUGUGGUGGGGGCGGAGGCUCCCGGGGCGGAGCCCGUGGAGCUGACGGUGAGCGCCGUGUCGGUGGUGGCGAGGGGCUCCGCGCCGCCCGGAUCAGAACUGGCCGAAGAGGCCGCGCCCUGACAUAAGGACAACAGGCAGGCCCCUCAGGAUUAGGGGCCUGGGGGACCGGGGGCCUCACAGUCAGCCUUGUGAUACGUACAGUGUGAGGCCCCUCGGUAUUAGAAGCCCGGGGCGGGGGCCCCACAGUGGAACUUGUGAUACGUGCAGUGUGAUACAACCUGGUUGACGACGUCAGCGUACUUUGUAAUGCUAGUAACAUAGAUAUGAACACACUUAGCGUGGUGUGCGGUGGCGUGACGUCAUCGUGACUCGUGACGUCACUCGCACUAGUGCUGUACUAUGUUUUUAAUAAAAUGUUUUGUGAUAUCGAGCUGUUCGGAGCUAUGUUAUAAAUAUUACUGUAUUGUGUAAUGCGAGCGUUGAUUAUAUAUUUUGUAACGUUUAUCGAUAUAUAUAUAUAUAUUAUAAUAAUAUUUGUUUGUUCGUUUGUGAUCGGUGAUGGGGGUUUAAUAUUUUCGUUUUCAACGUAUCAUAACAAUAUCAAAAAUUCCUCCACCUAAUGAAUGUCUUCCAUGAUUUUGAUGCGACAUGGAACAUUGUUUUCUAUCUUUAUCUUUAUCUUUUAUCAUAUAAUUGGAUAUUUCCAUAAAUCUGUUUGGAACACUAGAUAUAGUAAUGGCUCGCGGUGUUUUAUAGGCUUUCUGUCGAAGCGUUUUGUUUUCGUUUUCGUUUAUAAACACUUAGUACAAAUUACUUUAGUCUGUCUGAAAGCUUUGUAAUUGCUAUUUUCUUUGCGUUUGUUUUCAACUGAUUUGUUUUUGUCCCGUUUUCCUAGAUCCGUAGAUAGCGACAUAAUAAAUAUUUAUCGAGAAGUUAGAAAAAAAAUUAUAUUAAUAUAUUGAGGAAAUAAUAUUAUCAGUGAUUUUUUCGUCAUAUUAUAGCACAAACAGAUAACUAUUCGAGCUGAAUUUAUUUGUUUAGUCUGUUCGUGGUGAAUUUGUACGGUAAGUUUGUGAGUAAAUUUCGUAUAGUGCAUGUCUUAAAACUAUAGUUAGCGUGUCUAUUCUUAUAGCUAAGUCAUAGUUGUUACUCAGUUAACGUACUGUCUAUAGCUUACGUUGUAGCUCCUGGAUUGGAACGCUUCAUUAAAGAUCUCGCUUCAAUUUAAACAUUUCUAACUAUAACCUUACUACGAGUUAAUAUAAAACUGAACACGGACAGUUACAAGGUUUCCGUUCGUAACCAGGGACUGUUCAAUUUAGUUGGAUGUGAACUCGCGUAGCAAGUUGAACACAUGUAGCAAGUACGGCGCACUAGAUCUAUUUAUCUCAAAUAAUACGAAUUUUUUAUACAAAAAAAAAAUAAAUAAUAAAUAAAUAAUUACUAUAUAAUAAUAAUAAUAAUAAUGUUAAUGAAUUUAUGAAUUAUCGUGCACAGGAUACUGUUCGUCCGUCGUCGCGACAGGCGCUGGUGCGGUGAUCGCUUCCUGACAUUUAUUUGUGGCCUUAUAUUCGGCGCCCGAGCGGGCCGCGUGUUUGUUAGUUACGGCUUGUAUGUUCGUUUGUGUCGACCGCUGUGAUAGUGCGUGCUGUGCUAAUCUCAGUCUCGUGUUACGUACGUUUAGGGCCUAUCUCUAAGGACCAUGCGUUGAUCACAUCUUUAAAAUUGUUUUAUUGUAUAAGUCUGGCUUUGUAUGUACGUGAUUGGCGGGGGGGGGGGGGGGGGCUGCUUUGGCGAGUAUGAAGAUGUCUCUUGGUGAACUCGAGAUGAAGUGGUCGGAGUUACGUCCAAUGUAACAACGACGUGUAAUGUGUUGUUGCAGACAUGUGUUAAUGGUUAUUUUUUUUAUUAUAAUGUAAUGUUUUUUUUGUUGACUAUCAAUAGAUAUCAACAAACAAACGGAUAUAUCAUCUCAGCGGUGAUGUGAACAGCCUGCAUAAUAUAUCAAGGGUCUGUGAAUCGAUCGCGCUAUGGAAUAUUUUGUAGUGACCAAUUUUAUCGUUAGAAAUGAGUAAACAAACAAAAAAAAAUAAUAUGUAAAAUUGACAAUUUUAAUGUAAUUUUUAUAUACAAAUAAAUAGACGAUUUUAUAAAAAAAAAAA